AUGUAUUUUUUCGGGAGCCUUUUCUCUGAUGAUCACGGUAGCAACUUGGGCAAUGGAGACAGUAGGCAGGGUAUCGGUGGUGCUACUUUAAAUGUCCAGGGAGAAACGUGGGGGAAGCAAAUACUCCUGUACAAGGAAGCCAACAGAAUCGACCUACUGAAGAAAAACGAAUUCGACAAGAGCAUUCUCGUCGUAGCCAAUCGUGGGGACAGCACAGCCAAUAGCCACAACGACACAGCGUUCACAACAAACCUAGAGGACGCAAAAAUAAUUCAGGAGUGCACUCACCAGUUGCUCAUCAACGAAAAGGCAAAAGUAAAAAGCGGGGAAAGCGAAGGAGAGGCCAUAAUACAGAUAAGAGAAAUUGGGCUAAACUAUUUUGGGAAUUUAUUUGAGGAUGCCACAACAUCAGGAUAA